UUCCUAAAACCGAGGCAUCCCGGUAGAAACAGUAGGCUACUGCUGUUCAACGGAUGCUGUUGAAUCGCACGCAGAUGAACGAUUGUGGACUCCAAUGUGCCAUACGCGCUUGAUGAAAAUGUGUCUUUUAUGGAUUUCGAAAGCGUUGAAAAUGUGAAUAAUGUGGAAUAACCGGAGUCUGAUUGGUUCCUGUGUGUCACUUUACCGUUUUGCGACCUGCUCGCAAACAUAAUUUGCCAACAUUUGCAGAGAUUUAUCUGAACCGAACUUUGGAGAGGCGGCGUCAUCCAGCCCGUCUGGUGGUUUGGUAGAGAACACGGUACGAAAAUGGGGAAAUACUUGACUUCACUGCUCGUGCUGCUCCUGCAGCUCCUCUGCGGCUGCACAGGGAACCAAAGGACGGAGAAGGCAUUGGCGCUGCAGUUCACUCACUCUGUUUACAAUGCCACCAUAUAUGAGAACUCUGCUGCUAAGACCUACUUGGAGAGUCAUGCCAAGAUGGGCAUCUACAUCACAGACCCCACCUGGGAGAUACGGUACAAAAUAGUGUCAGGAGACAAUGAGAACCUUUUCAAAGCAGAGGACUACAUCCUGGGAGACUUUAGCUUCCUGAGAAUAAGGACCAAAGGAGGCAGCACUGCCAUUCUGAACCGGGAGGUCAAAGACCACUACUUGCUCACUGUCAAAGCCGUGGAGAGGGGCACCAACGUGGAGGCUCGCGCCCGAGUCCAGGUCCAGGUUCAGGACACCAACGACCUGAGGCCUCUGUUCUCUCCCACCUCCUACAGCGUCUCGCUGCUCGAGAACACGGCCCUACGGACCAGCGUGGCCAAGGUCACCGCCACGGACGCCGACAUUGGGACCAACGGGGAGUACUACUACAGCUUCCGGGAGUGGACAGAUGUGUUCGCCGUUCACCCCACAAGCGGGGUGGUGACGCUGACGGGCAAGCUGGAUCACGCUGAGACCCAGCUGUAUGACCUGGAGAUCCUGGCCGUGGACCGAGGCAUGAAGCUCUACGGGAGCAGCGGCUUCAGUAGCAUGGCCAAGCUGACGGUGAGGGUGGAGCAGGCCAACGAGCACGCACCCGUCAUCGCCGCAGUCACUCUGGCGCCCUCGGGCGCUGACCGCGACCCCACCUACGCCAUAGUGACCGUCGAGGACAACGACCAGGGACCAAAUGGGGAGAUCGCGUCGUUGAGCGUGGUGGCGGGCGACCCCCUCCAGCAGUUUAAGGCCCUGAGAACUAGUCCCGGGAGCAAGGAGUACAAAAUCAAAGCGGUCAAGGAUGUAGACUGGGACACCCAGCCUUUCGGAUACAACCUCACAUUACAGGCCAAGGACAAAGGAAGCCCCCCCCAGUUUUCUUCAGCGAAAGUGGUACAUGUAACAUCCCCUCAGUUUAAAGUGGGCCCCCCUAAAUUUGAACACGCUGUUUAUAGGGUCAAUCUCAGUGAGUUUGCCCCUCUCCACACACCUGUUGCUAUGGUAACUGCCUUGCCAAAGUAUCCACAGUUGAAGUAUGCUUUCAGAUAUAAAACAGAGAAGAAUCGUUUUGCUAUUAAUCCAGACACUGGCUUAAUUACCACAACUGGACCCAUCUAUGCGGAUUAUGCCCCUACAUUUGAACUAGAAGUUAUUACCAGUGACAAAAAGGCAGCGACCAAGGUUAUCAUUGACAUUAUAGAUGUUAACAAUAAUGCUCCUGAGUUCCAACAGACCUCUUACAAGGCCACCGUUGAUGAGAAUGUACCCGUAGGGUCCAACGUGUUAGCAGUGAAAGCCACGGAUCUAGACAGUGGAGAGAACGGGUAUGUGACCUACAGCAUUGCCAACGUGAGCCCGCAGCCGUUUGUCAUCGACUACUUCUCUGGUGUCAUCGGCACCUCAGAAGAACUGGAUUACGAGCUGAUGCCAAGGAUUUACAAUCUCAAAAUUAGGGCUUCAGACUGGGGUUCCCCUUUCCGACGGGAGGUGGAGGCAUCAGUUACUGUCACACUGAAUAACCUGAAUGACAAUAAGCCUCUAUUCGAAAAUGUCGACUGUGAAGUCACGGUGCCUAGAGACCAUGGCGUGGGAGAGCAGAUAACGACGGUGUCUGCAAUUGACGCUGACGAAUUGCAACUAGUGCGGUACGACAUAAAAACUGGGAAUGAUCUUGAUCUCUUUGAGUUGAACUCCAACUCGGGUGUGCUUUCUUUGAAACGAACACUGAGCGAGGGGGAGGCAGGUAAAGUGUCCUUCCAUAGCUUACAGAUCAGAGCCAGUGAUGGAGAGCAUGAGACUGAACCAAUGAUAAUGAACAUCACUGUCAUCACAGCUCGCAAGCCUGUCCAAUUGAAGUGCGUCGACACUGGGGUUGCUACCAUGUUGGCAGAAAAGCUUCUUCAUGGCACUAAGAUCCACACCCCAACUGAGCCUGACGAUAACUUAAUGGACAUCCAUACGGUUAACCGCUACUCUCCUCAGUUUGCAGAGUCCUUCCCCAGUGUCAUUGAGGUCAAAGAGGACCUUCCGGUUGGGGCUAGGGUAGUCCAUCUAAGCGCCUCCGACACAGACAGUGGUUUUAACGGAAAAUUGGUGUACGUUAUUUCAGGAGGAGAUGCAGAGAGUCGUUUCAUUGUAGAUAUGAACACCGGUUGGCUUUUGGUUCACACUCCACUGGACAGGGAAACGACAGACCACUACACACUGAAUGUCACGGUCUACGAUCUGGGAAUACCGCAGAAGUCCUCCUCGCGUCUUUUGGAUGUUAAGAUCUUGGAUGCUAACGAUAACAGUCCACAGUUCCUGCAAGACUCCUAUUCGGUGGAAAUAAGUGAAAAAACACCAGUGGGGACUGAAAUCGUCCAGGUGGAUUCCACCGAUAAGGACCAGGGAGAUAACGGAGUAAUCAGGUAUUCGAUUGUGGCCGACACUGACCAGUUUGCCAUUGACGAGCUGACUGGAGUAGUGACCGUGAAAAAGCAGCUGGAUCGCGAGGUGCACCCGGUUUACAUUCUGAAAAUCGCUGCGUGUGACCAGGCGGUUAAUGAUCCUCAACUCGUGUCUACAGUGUUGCUGAAGGUCGUUCUUGAGGACGUCAAUGACAAUCCUCCCAAAUUCAUCCCGUCAAAUUACCGGGUGAAGGUGAGGGAGGACCUCCCGGUCGGCACUGUGAUUAUGUGGCUGGAGGCUCACGACCCGGAUGUCGGGCUGUCCAGUCAGGUACGGUACAGCCUCAGCGAUAACGGGGACGGCAACUUCGAGGUGGACAAACUCAGUGGCGCGGUGCGCAUCCUGCAGACUCUGGAUUACGAGAAGAAGCAGGUGUACAACCUCACGGCGAAAGCCAAGGACAAAGGGAAGCCCGUGUCUUUAUCGUCGACGUGCUUCAUUGAGGUGGAUGUAGUGGACGUAAACGAGAAUCUGUAUCGCCCGUGGUUCCCCUCGUUUGUGGAUAAGGGAUUUAUAAAAGAGGACGCCCUCAUUGGGACAUCCGUAAUGAAGGUAACGGCUCAAGACGAAGACAAAGGAAGAGACGGAGAAAUACGCUACUCAAUACGGGACGGCUCUGGUUUAGGGAUAUUCACCAUUGAUGAAGAGACUGGGGUCAUCAGAACCCAGGAGCUCCUGGACCAUGAGACCACCCCGCACUACUGGCUGACUGUGUACGGCACGGAUGGUGGCGUGGUGCCCCUCUCGGCCUUCGUGGAGGUCUACGUGGAGGUCCAGGACGUCAACGACAACGCGCCGCAGACCACAGAGCCCGUCUACUACCCGUCGGUGGCGGAGAACUCGCCCAAGGACGUGUCCAUCAUCCAGAUCGAGGCGGUGGACCCGGACGCCCGGGCCAGCGACAAGCUCUCUUACAAGAUCACCAGUGGCAACCCCCAGGGAUUUUUCGCCAUCAACUCCAAGAUGGGUCUAGUCACAACUACCUCGAGGAAGCUGGACCGAGAACAGCAGGACGAGCACAUUCUUGAGAUCACCGUCACCGACCACGGGGUUCCCGCCAAAUCCACCACGGUCCGCGUCAUCGUCAAAGUCCUGGACGAGAACGACAACCGGCCGCAGUUCCUGGAGAAGAUCUACAAGAUCAAGCUUCCGGAACGGGAGAAACCAGAAAAGGACCGGGCUCUGAAGCGGGAUCCUGUGUACCGGGUGAUCGCCUCGGACCGCGAUGAGGGGGCCAACUCGGAGAUCUCGUAUUCCAUUGAGGAGGGAGAUGAGCACGGGAAGUUCUUCAUCGAGCCAAAGACGGGUCUGGUGUCGUCCAAGAAGUUCUCCUCUGCCGGGGAGUAUGACAUCCUCACCAUCAAAGCGGUGGACAACGGACGCCCCCAGAAGUCGUCCACCUGCCGGCUGCACAUCGAGUGGAUCCCCAAGCCAGAGGUGGCGGCCAGCGCACGCCCCCUGGCCUUCGAGGAGCCCCCCUUCUUCUUCUCGGUGAUGGAGAGCGACCCCGUGGCGCACAUGGUGGGGGUUAUCACCACGGAGACGUCGGACACGCCCGUCUGGUUCGAAAUCACAGAAGGAGACAUAGAGGAAGUCUUUUACAUCGUUCAGAUGGCUUGCGACCUCAACUGUACAGCGGAAGGUGGGAACUACGACAGCCGCUUUGACGUGGGCAAGGCCAGUGGGACCCUGAUCGUGGCGAGGCCCCUCGACGCCGAGCAGAAAUCCAAUUACAACCUGACAGUGGAGGCAACGGACGGCACCCGAUUCGUCAGCACCCGGGUGCUGAUCCGUGUCAUCGAUACCAACAACCACCGGCCCCAGUUCUCCCAGCCGCGCUACGAGGUGGUUGUGGCCGAGGACACGCCGCCAGAGACCGAGGUUCUCCGGAUCGGCGCCACGGACGAAGACGAUAAGAACAAGUUGACCUUUACCCUCUUGAGCAGCACAGACCCCUUCAGCCUGAAGAAGUUCCGUCUGGAUCCGGGCACCGGUGCCCUCUACACGGCCGAGCGGCUGGACCACGAGACCAUGCGGCGCCACACACUCACAGUCAUGGUACGUGACCAGGACAUCCCUGUCAAGAGGAACCUGGUGCGCGUCAUCGUGGACGUGGAGGACACCAACGACAACGCGCCGUGGUUCGCGGGGUCGCCCUACUCCGGGCGCGUCUUCGAGUCGGCCGCCUUGGGCUCGGCAGUCCUCCAGGUCGCCGCCCUGGACAAAGACAAGGGACAGAAUGCAGAGAUCAUCUACAGCAUCGAGUCAGGAAAUGUUGCAAACUCAUUUGCCAUUGAUCCGGUGCUGGGCACUGUUACCGUGGCCAAGGAGCUGGACCGAAGCAGCAAGAACCAGUUUGAACUAGCUGUGAAGGCAACCGACAAAGGAACGCCCUCGCUUACUGCCACGGCCACCGUCCACAUCGCUGUCACCAUGUCGGACAAUGCCUCCCCCAGAUUCACUGAGAAGGAGUUCACUGCAGAGGUCAGCGAAUUGGUCCUCCCCGGCAGUUUUGUGACCAUGAUCUCAGCCACCAGCCAGUCCUCUGUGUUCUACCAAAUCAAAGGUGGAAACACUGACGGCACAUUUGAUGUAAACCCAAACUCCGGUGUGGUUGUAACUUCAAGGGCUUUGGACUAUGAAAUGACCCCUGAGUACAGACUUACCAUCCAGGGAACCAACAUGGCAGGUCUUGCUAGCAACACCACUCUGCUGAUUCACCUGAAGGACGAGAAUGAUAAUGCCCCCAUCUUCCUCCAGCCAGAGUUCACAGGCAUGAUUAGCGAAUCGGCUCCCAUCAACAGUGUGGUCUUGACCAGAGAAAACACCCCGCUGGUCAUCCGCGCCUCGGACACUGACCGCGAUGCCAACGCCAUGCUGGUCUAUCAGAUCGUCGAGCCGUUCGCCCACAACUACUUUGCUAUCGAUUCGAGUACGGGAGCCAUUAGAAUGACAACCACUCUGGAUUUUGAACAAAGGAGUGUGUUCUGCUUCACCAUUCAGGUCCAUGACCUCGGAAUGCCGCGUCUGUUCGCCGAGACAGCCGCCAACGUGACCGUCGAAGUCAUCGACGUCAACGACUGCUCGCCGCAGUUCAGCCAGGAGCUCUACGAGACAUCAGUGAUCGUGCCGACUUACAAAGGUGUCGAGGUAAUCAAAGUCAAAGCAUCAGACGCCGACUCCGGACCAAACUCCAAACUCUUCUUCUCCAUCUCAGAGGGGAACAUCGGGGAGAAAUUCAAGAUGGAUCCCAACACAGGCAUCAUCACUAUCCAGAACGUCACCCAGCUAAGAAGCAGGUACGAGCUGAGGGUGAGGGUCUCGGACGGCAGGUUUGCCAACACAGCGUCGGUAAAGAUCAACAUCCGUGAGAACAAGGAGAGCAGCCUGAAGUUCACUAGGGACUCCUACAAGGCUUACGUCAAAGAGAACUCCUCUGAGAAGAAAACGUUAGCGGUCAUUGCCUCUGUGGGGACCCACGUCAACGAACCCCUCUUCUACACCAUCCUGAACCCAGACAAGAGGUUCCAAAUCAGCCGCACUUCUGGAGUGCUCUCCACCACGGGGAUACCUUUCGAUCGUGAGGCGCAGGACAUGUUCAACAUCGUCGUGGAGGUGACCAGGAAGGACGCUUCCUCCGAAGUGGCCCACGUUCUGGUGAUGGUGACCGUAGAAGAUGUGAACGACAACCAGCCCAUGUUUGUCAACCUGCCCUAUCAAGCCUUGGUCCAGGUGGAUGCAGAGGAGGGUCAGGCCAUCCACCAGGUGACAGCGGUGGACGGGGACAUGGGUCAAAACGCAGAAAUCCAUUACCACCUGAAAGAACACCACAAGCACUUCCAGAUAAGCCCCUCGGGAGAAAUCUCCCUCAAAAAGCAGUUAGACAAAGACUCCCUCAACAGUGAGUUCGUCAUCAGCGUUGUGGCCAAAGAUGCAGGAGAACCAGCCCUCUCGGCAGAAGUGGAAGUGCCCAUAACUAUAGUAAACAAAGCCAUGCCAGUGUUUGAGAAGCCAUUCUACAGCAUCGAAAUCCCUGAAAAUAUCCAGUUACACACACCUGUUGUUCACGUCCAGGCUACUGACUCUGAAGGCCCCAAGAUAGUGUACACCAUCUCUGAGGGAGAUGCCUUCAGUCAGUUUUCCAUCAAUUUCAACACAGGUGUCAUUCAUGUAAUCCAACCUCUGGAUUUUGAGACCCACCCCGCUUAUAAAUUGAGUGUCAGAGCCACAGACUCACUAACUGGGGCCCACGCUGAUGUCUUUGUCGAUAUCAUUCUGGAAGAUGUCAACGACAAUCCCCCUGUCUUCCAACUAAAGUCCUACAACGCAAGUGUUUCUGAAGCUUCUUUUAUCGGCACGGCAGUUUUGCAAGUCGCCGCCACAGACCCUGACACUGGCAACAACAAAGUGCUCUUCUACCAGCUAGUUGAGAACAUGGAAAAGAGCUCUGACUACUUCAGCGUUGACCGUGACUCAGGAAUCAUCUGGACUGCUCGCAUGCUCGACCAGGAGGAAAAGCAGCAACACAAACUGACUGUCCGCGCUGUGGACGGAGGAGUGCCCGCCCUCUCCAGCGAUGUCACUGUGACCGUAGAUGUCACUGACCUGAAUGACAAUGCUCCGACGUUCACUGAGAGCUCUUACAAAGCCACGGUCAGCGAAUUGGCCCCCCGCGGUCACUUCGUCACCCAUGUCCAGGCGUCCGACGCCGACAGCUCAGACGCCGGCAGGCUUGAGUUCUCCAUCCUGUCUGGCAAUAAGGACCAGAACUUUGCCAUGGAUAAAAAUACUGGGGCCAUCUUCAUCUCCAACCACCGUAAGCCACAGAUGGAGCCACUGUACAACCUCAACGUGUCCGUGUCAGACGGUGUAUUCAGGAACUCGGCCAUGGUCAAAGUCACAGUCAACGGUGCCAACUUCCACAACCCCACUUUCCCCCAGCUUGACUAUGUGGUUGAACUCACCGAGAACUCGCCGGUCGGCACGUUAGUGGCGGAGGCCAAAGCCACAGAUGAAGACGCUGGCACAUACGGGCGCCUAACUUACCACAUUGUCAACAAUUUUGCCAAGGACAAGUUCUCAGUCAAUGAAAAUGGAGAGAUAUUCACCCUUGAAAUCCUGGACCGCGAGAACGCCAUUGAGAAGGUCAUCCCCAUAUCGCUCAUGGCAAAGGACGGUGGCGGAAAAGUAGGCUUCUGCAUUAUUAAUGUGAUUUUGACAGAUAUCAACGACAAUGCCCCACAAUUCAGGGCAGUGGAGUACAAAGCCAAUGUUGCAUCGGAUGUCCCCAGGGGAACCACCGUGGUAAAAAUCGCUGCGUCAGACAUGGACGAGGGAAGCAAUGCCGACAUCGCUUACACCAUGGAAGCCGACAUGGAAAACGUGGAAGAGAACUUCGAAAUCCAUCCCUUCAGUGGAGUCAUUGUCACCAAAGAGAGUCUCAUCGGACUUGAAAACGACCUCUACGCUUUCUACGUUAGGGCAAAGGAUGCUGGGAGUCCUUCCAAGCAAUCUGUCGUUCGCGUUUACAUCAGGAUAGUGGCCCCUGAGGUACCGAUCCCCAAGUUCGCAGAGCCACACUACCGGUUCACCAUCGCCGAAGACAUGCCCAUCGGCACGGAUAUUGACGUCAUCCAGGCGGAGAGUGAAGAACCGGUGUUCUACAGCCUAGUGAAGGGCAACACCCCGGAGAGUAACCGUGAUGAGGUCUUCGUGGUGGAUCGGGACACCGGGUCCCUGAAGCUGGAGAAGAGAAUGGACCACGAGACCACCAAGUGGUACCAGCUCACGUUGCAAGCCCAGAGCCAACAGGAGGGCUACGAAACUGUGGCGUCUGUCGACCUCAACAUCCAGGUCAAGGACCUCAACGACAACAAGCCUGUGUUUGAGUCAGACCCAUAUGAGGCGGUCGUGGUGGAGAACCUUCCAGAUGGCACGCCGGUGAUCCAGGUCAAAGCCACCGACCAGGACUCAGGAACCAAUGGUCAAGUGAUCUACAGCCUGGACCCCAAACAAACCUCAGCUGAGAUCUCUGCGCUGUUUGCCGUCAACAGUGAGACAGGCUGGGUGACGACAUUGAAAGAGCUCGACCGUGAGAAGACCAGCAAGUACACCAUUGCCGUGCUGGCCACCGACCGCGGAGACAAGGUGCAGCUGGUGACCAGCACCACCGUGGAGGUUACCGUGGCCGACGUCAACGAUAACCCACCGCGCUUCACCGCCGAGAUCUACAAGGGCACGGUGAGCGAAGAUGACCUUCCGCCCAGUGGAGUCAUUGCCAUCCUGAGCACCACGGACGCCGACACGGAGGAGAUCAACAAACAAGUCAAUUACUUUAUCACAGGAGGAGACCCUCUAGGACAGUUUGCGAUCGAGCACCUCCAGAACGAGUGGAAAGUGUCUGUCAGGAAACCACUGGACCGCGAGGAGCGCGACAACUACCUCCUAAAUAUCACCGCCACCGACGGCACCUUUGCCGCCAAGGCCGUGGUCGAGGUCAAAGUCCUGGACGCCAACGACAACAGCCCCGUUUGCGAGAAGUCCCUCUACACAGAGAGGGUCCCCGAGGACAUCCCAGCCGGCAGGCUCAUCCUGCAGGUCUCGGCCACGGACGCAGACAUCCGCUCCAACGCCCACAUCACCUACGAGCUCCAGGGACCGGGAGCCGAGCUCUUCACCAUCGACCCCGACACAGGUGAACUGAAGACCCAGCAGCCCCUGGACCGCGAGGAACAGGAGGAGUAUCGCCUGACGGUGCGGGCACUAGACGGCGGCGGGCGCUACUGCGAGGCGGCCGUGCACCUGACCGUGGGGGACGUGAACGACAACGCGCCACAGUUCACCUCCGACCCAUACGCCAUCACCGUCUUCGAGAACACGGAGGUCGGCACCUUCGUGGCGCGGCUGCUCGCCACCGACCUCGACACCGGCUUGAACAGCAACAUCCUCUACUCCCUCGCCGACUCAGCCGACGGCCACUUCUCCGUGGACGAGCAUACCGGCGUCGUCGCGUUAAAAAAGCCCCUGGACCGCGAGGCGCGGGCCGUGUACGAGCUCAAAGCGCGCGCCUCCGACCAAGGCUCCCCCCGACGCCUCUCGUCCCUCUCCCGCGUCACGGUCUCCGUGCUGGACAUCAACGACAACCCGCCCGUGUUCGAGCACCGCGAGUACGUGGCGGGCGUUUCGGAGGACGUGGCGGUGGGCACGCAGCUGCUGAGGGUGCACGCCGCCAGCCGGGACAUCGAGGCCAACGGGGAGAUCACCUACGCCAUCGUGAGCGGGAACGAGCACGGCAUGUUCAGUGUCGACCCCCGGACUGGUGACAUCUUCGUCAUCGAGCCGCUGGACUUCGAGACGUCUCACGAGUACUACCUGACGGUGGAGGCCACGGACGGGGGCACGCCGCCGCUCAGCGACAUGGCCACGGUCAACAUCAACCUGACGGACGUCAACGACAACAGCCCUGCCUUCGGCCAGGCCACCUACGCCGCCGUGGUGGCCGAGGACGCCGAGCCCGGCAAGACGGUGGUGGCGGUGAUGGCGGAGGACGCAGACGGGCCAGCCUGUAACCACGUGCGUUACUCCAUCGUGGAGGGGAACCAGGGCAGUCCCUUCACCAUUGACCCAAUCAGGGGAGAGGUCAAAGUGGCACGCCAGCUAGACAGAGAGACGACAUCGGGAUACACCCUGACGGUGCUGGCGUCGGACAACGGCGUUCCGGCCCGCUCCAGCAGCGCCACGGUCAACAUCGACGUGUCUGACGUCAACGACAACCCGCCCCUCUUCUCCCCUGCCAACUACAGCCUCGUCAUCCAGGAGAAUCGUCCAAUGGGGACCACGGUUGUCCAGCUCAUUGUGACUGACCGGGACGCCACGCACAACGGGCCGCCGUUUGUCUUCGCCAUCAUCGACGGAAAUGAGGGCGGUGUGUUCGAGGUGAACCAACAGGGGGCGCUGUUGGUGGUGGAAGAGCUGAAGAGGAAAACCAAGGAGAAUUACCUGCUGAAUGUCCAGGUGGCUGACAGCGGCAAGCCCCAGCUCCUCUCCACGGCCUACAUCAGCAUCCGGGUCAUCGACGAGAGUGUCUACCCGCCCGCCGUCUUCCCGCUGGACAUCUACAUUUCUGUCGCCGGCGAGGAGUACCCCGGCGGCGUGCUCGGCAAAAUCCACGCCACCGACCAGGACAUUUACGACACGCUAACGUACCGUCUCGCACCUUCAUCAUCCUCGGAUAACGGCGAAGACGCUCUGUUCGCCGUCUCCGCCGCGGACGGCAAAGUCAUCGCCCGGCGCCCGCUCGACGUGGGCCACUACCCGCUCAACGUCACCGUCACCGACGGCCGCUUUUCGGCGACGGCCGACGUGAACGUGCACGUGCGCCAGGCGACCCGCCAGGCGCUGGACAACUCCAUCGCCGUGCGCUUCGCCGCCAUCGCCCCCGAGGAGUUCGUCGGCGACUACUGGCGUACGUUCCAGCGGGCGCUGAGGAACAUAGCGGGGGUGAGACGCAGCGAGGUGCAGCUGGUUAGUCUGCAGCCCUCGGAGCAGGGGACAGGAGACCUGGAUGUUCUACUGGCUCUGGAGAAGUCUGGGAGUCCCUACCAGCCACAGGAGGUGGUCUUCCGCAAGCUCAACUCGUCUGCGGCGGUCAUCGAGGAAAUGACGGGCGUGCGCAUCGUGCGCGUGGUCAAGAAACUGUGCGCCGGCGUGGACUGCCCGCUGCGCUUCUGCGACGAGGUCAUCAGCCUGGACAGGGCGACCAUGUCCACCUAUAGCACGGCCCGUCUCAGCUUCGUCACCCCGCGACACCAGCGCACGGCUAUCUGUCAAUGUGAAGGUGGCAAAUGCCCCACGGUGAACAAGCUGUGUGAUGCCAGCCCCUGUCCAGAGGGCAUGGAGUGUGUGGCAGACCGGAAGGAGGCCAGAUAUAGCUGUGUGUGUCCAGAUGGUGGCAAGCAGGGCAAGUGCUCCGACGGCCAGUCCCUGACGUUCAGCGGGACGGGCUAUGUGAAGUACCGUUUGAUGGAGAAUGAGAAUAAGGAGGAGAUGAAGCUGUCCCUUAGGCUGAGGACCUUCUCCAGCCACGCCACCGUCAUGUACGCCAAGGGCACCGACUACAGCAUCCUGGAGAUUGUGAAUGGCCGCCUGCAGUACAAGUUUGACUGCGGAAGCGGGCCGGGAAUCGUCUCUGUACACAGCACCCAGGUCAACGACGGCGACUGGCACACGGUCACCCUUGAGGUGGAUGGAAACUACGCCAAACUAGUCCUGGACCGCGUGCACGCCGCCUCAGGCACAGCGCCCGGUACUCUGCGCACGCUCAACCUGGACAACAGCGUCUACUUCGGCGGGCACGUGCGCCAGCACACCUCCUCCACCGCUGGGCGCCACGGUCGCAGCUUGCCCGUCACCAAUGGGCUCCGAGGCUGCGUGGAAGCCAUCGUGCUCAACGGCCAAGAAUUGCCGCUCAACACCAAGGCGCGUGGUGCCCACGCCGUGCUGGAGGACGUGGUGGACGUGGCGCCCGGGUGCGUGCUGGCGCCCGCCGCCGAGGGCUGCUCCAGCAACCCCUGCACCAACGGGGGCAGCUGCUCCUCACUGGCCAACGGAGGUUACUUCUGUAAGUGCAAGGCUUCGUUCAUGGGUACUCACUGUGAGAUUGGUAUCAGCCCAUGUGCCUCCAACCCCUGCCUGUACGGGGGAACCUGCGUUCCACGUGGCGACGACCUCUACUGCCAGUGCAGAGGGCAGUACUCAGGACAACGGUGCCAGGUGGGGCCAUACUGCACAGACAACCCCUGUAAAAACAGUGGGAAGUGCAUUGACAGUCUGGAUGGUCCUGUGUGUGAGUGUGAACAGGGAUUCCAGGGUGACAGGUGCCUCAGUGAUGUGGACGAGUGCCUGAAGAACCCGUGCGCCAACGGCGGCCAAUGCCAGAACACCUACGGCUCGUACUCCUGCAACUGCUCCCUGGGCAACAUCGGGCGGCUAUGCGAACUCCGCUCCGAGGUCCGCAACGAGUUUGUCUCCACCUCCUGGAACAUUGGUCUUGAAGAAGUCAUCGGUAUUGUCGUCUUUGUGGCCUCCAUUUUCCUCCUGGUCGUCCUCUUCGUGGUCAUCCGCAAGAGGGCGUGCCGAAGAAAGUCCAAGUCUGACGACGACAAGCACAGCCCGGGAGGCUUAGGAGCGCCGCACUCCUUCCUCCAGCGACCCUACUUUGACGCGAAGCUUUGUAAGAACAUUUACUCGGACAUUCCGCCGCAGGUGCCUGUUCGGCCCAGCUCGUACACACCCAGCAUCCCCAGCGACUCACGCAACAACCUGGACCGCAACUCGUUCGAGGGCUCGGCCAUCCCCGAGCACCCUGAGUUCAGCACGUUCAACCCGGACACGAUGCACGGACACCGCAAGACGGUGGCCGUGUGCAGCGUGGCGCCCAACCUGCCUCCGCCGCCGCCCUCCAACUCGGUCUCAGACAGCGACUCCAUUCAGAAGCCCAGCUGGGACUACGAAUAUGACGCUAAGGUAGUAGACUUGGAUCACUGUUUGACCAAGAAGCCAGUGGAGGACAGUGCCUGUCACUACAACACCAGGGGCAGUAUGUCUGAGGUCCAGUCCCUCAGCUCCUUCCAGUCCGAGUCCUGUGACGAUAACGCCUCCAUAGUGACGGUUAUCCACCUUGUCAACUCUGUUAUUGACUCGGUGGAAGGAGAAGAGUCUUUUUUGGCUCAUGAUCUCAAGAACCCAAGAGGCUACCACUGGGACACAUCUGAUUGGAUGCCAAGUGUUCAACUUCCUGGAAUCCAGGAGUUCCCCCAGUAUGAGGUUGUGGAGUCCCCGACCCCCCUGUACAGUGACCCGAACGCCAUCGAUACUGACUACUACCCCGGCGGCUACGACAUCGAGAGCGACUUCCCGCCGCCUCCCGAGGACUUCCUCGCCCACGAGGACCUGCCCCCGCCGCCGCUGCCCGAGUAUGGCGACCGCUACGACACCCUGGAACCACCCCGGAGGGACCUGGCGCCUCCUGGCAGCCCGGGUUCGAGUUUGUCCUCUGGUGUACGCCACCGCCCACCACUGCCCCAGCUCUAUAGCCUUAACCAGUACCUACCACACCACCACUAUCCCAGCGACGCUGAGGGUAGCCCGGGCUGUGGCGGCUCCACGGCCGCCACCACCACCCCAGCCUCCACCAUGGGCGGCGCCAGCAGCUACCGGGGCGGCUACCCCAUGGGGUACGGGCGGGGGGACUUUGAGGCGCCGGCGCUGGACAACAUGUCCAUGUCCCUGUACACGUCCACGGCCUCCUGCUCGGACAUGUCGGCGUGCUGCGAGGAGUCAGAAGUUAUGUUGAGCGACUAUGAGAGCGGUGACGAGGGACACUUUGAGCGGCUGGCCAUCCCCGCACUGGACUCCCAACAGCACACUGAAGUCUGACACUGGAUCCAAACAAAAGUGCCUGAACCCCCCCCCCCCCCCCCCCCCCCCCCCAUCUCUACCUUAUGUUAACCCCCUCUGCCUGUGUAUGUACACACUACAACGACACACAACACAAAGCGACACAGACACAGACACAUGUACACACUUAUACAUACACACACAGAGCAAUGAAUUUGUUCACGUAAACAGGGGUUGUUGGGACUGGUCUUACUCUGAAGGCUGCUUGGCUGGGUGGCGGUGUCUUCAAGGAGAUAUCAUUUAACAGCACUGGACCCCAUAGCCUCCUCUAUCUACUCAGUCCAACUCCUGCAGUACUGGAAAAAUACCCGUGUUUGAGUUGGCUGUGCGAUUGCUUUAAGUAAAUGUCAAUUAUGCACAAGAAAUGUCUUGACGAAAAACUACAUUGAUGUACAACUACGAAGAAAAAAGAAAACCAUUGACAACAACGAUCAUGAUAGAUAAAACACACACUACAAGGUGAUAUCUGUAUUUGUAGAGGUAAAACCGUGCAAACUGAUUUUUGAUACAAAUCCUCGUUCAUUUUCGAUGUAAAUUUAAAUGUACAGUUUUGAUUUCAAGGUUUACUAGGUUUUGUAGAUAUUUUAUGCUUUUAUUUACCCCCCCCCCCCCAAAAAAAAAACACAAGUUAAAUGGUGUGCUACAUUAUCAGCCUGUUCCUUCAUUCACAAAAAUAAAAAACCAAACUUUUUUUUUUUUUAAGGAAAAGAGAAGAGCUCAGCUUUUCCAAAAACACCAUGUAUCCGUUGAAAGUUGAUCGUCUCCUGCUCAUUUCAAAAAGGGUCUUUCGAUGAGCGACUGCAUAUUCUUGUGUUGUUCUAUUUUUUAUUUGUUUGUUUGUAAAUGGCGACUUUGGAACCUCCUUUAUUUUUCCACCACGAAAAUGGGACCCGAUUAUAUUUAUAGUGCAAAGUUAUCCAUAGACACUUGUCUUUUUCAGACGUCUAUGUGGGUGUGAGCAGUGCUAUGGUCUUGUUAAGGUUUUUAUUGAAUACUGCCACUAGCUCACGCUUUCCUACUGGCAAUAAAUUAUUCAUAAAAAAAUA